GUCCUUCUUUUCUUAGGAUUCAAGGACUAAUUUUGAAUUUAUUUGAUUUUCUGCAAGCAGGUCUUUCCAUUUCUAAGCCAGAUGUGGUUUCCUUAUUGGAGCAAGGGAAAGAACCUUGGCUAGAGCAAGGGGAUGUGAGAAGAAAUCUGUUUUCAGUUUCACAGUCAAAUGGUGAGAACAAAGAGUCUUCUCCAAAAAAUAUUAAUGAUUCAUCUCAGUAUUUGAUAAUGGAAAGAAUUCUGUGCCAACGCCCUGUGUAUUCUAGCUUUAAAGGAGGCUGGAAAUGCAAAGAGGAUACUGAGAUGCUGCAAGGAAGUCAGGGAUAUAUCAGGCAAGUGACAGUCUCUCAUCAAGAAAACUUGGCUAAGCAUAUGAGUAUCAAUACUGUGGAGAGGCCCUAUGGAUGCCAUGAAUGCGGAAAAACUUUCAGUCGCCGCUUUUCUCUUGUGUUACAUCAGAGAACUCAUACUGGAGAGAAACCAUAUGUAUGUAAGGAAUGUGGCAAAACCUUUAGCCAGAUCUCAAACCUUGUGAAACAUCAGAUGAUACAUACUGGAAAGAAACCCCAUGAAUGUAAGGACUGUAAUAAAACAUUCAGUUAUCUUUCAUUCCUCAUUGAACACCAGAGAACACAUACUGGAGAGAAACCUUAUGAAUGUACUGAGUGUGGAAAAGCAUUUAGCCGUGCCUCAAACCUCACUCGACAUCAGAGGAUUCACAUAGGCAAGAAACAAUAUGUAUGUAGGAAAUGUGGGAAAGCCUUUAGUAGUGGCUCAGAACUCAUUCGUCAUCAGAUUACACAUACUGGAGAGAAACCUUAUGAAUGCAUUGAAUGCGGGAAGGCAUUUCGCCGUUUCUCACACCUUACUCGACAUCAAAGCAUCCAUACAACCAAAACACCAUAUGAAUGUAGUGAAUGUAGAAAAGCUUUCCGUUGCCACUCAUUCCUUACUAAACAUCAGAGAAUUCAUGCUGGAGAAAAGCUCUAUGAAUGUGAGGAAUGUGGUAAAGUUUUCACUUGGCACGCAUCCCUUAUUCAACAUAUGAAAAUUCAUACUGGAGAAAAGCCCUAUGCAUGUGCCGAAUGUGACAAAGCCUUCAGUCGGAGCUUUUCCCUCAUUCUACAUCAGAGAACUCACACUGGGGAGAAACCUUAUGUAUGCAAGGUAUGCAACAAAUCCUUCAGCUGGAGCUCCAACCUUGCUAAACAUCAAAGAACACACACUCUGGAGAACCCUUAUGACUAUGAAAAUUCAUUUAAUUACCAUUCAUUCCUUACUGAACACCAGUGAAUUCACACUAUAGAGAAAACCUAAAAAUGUAAAGAAUGUUAAAAAAAAAAAGCCUUCCCUUCAGAGAACUCUUGGAAAGAAGCCUUAUAUGAGCAACAAGCAAUGUGGCCCAUAAUGUAUUCAACAUCCUGGAGAAAACCCCCAAGAACAUGUAAGAAAGCCAUUAGUAGCUGCUCAUUCUUUUUUGCAGUAACAGGAGAUGAACUCAAUAUUGAAAAGAUUCAUUUGAUAGAAUUCCCUUAUGCUGUAUUUGUAAAUUCCUACAAAGAAAAAGCACGUAUCUAAUAGAUAUGAGAAAGCCAGACAUCAGCCUGCAUUCUGCAUCUGCAACCAAGAGAGAAUGCAUGAGAAAGGAAUGAGCUUUACAUAGAUAUACUUUGAAUAUCAGAAAAUUCAUAUGUUGCAAAGUGAUAAAAACACUGUAGUUGGGGAAUAACUUUAUGAUGCAAUACUUUUU